GGUCUGUUGACAGGUUUGCACAAGGGAAUUGUCUCGCGUAUUGUGUCUGAUGUGUUGACAUCACUUUGUAACAUGCGGGAUCAAUUCAUCAAGUGGCCAAGGAAUGUGGACGAAACAAGAGGAGACUUUUACCGUCUAAGUGGUUUCCCAAAUGUGCUAGGGGCAAUAGAUGGGACACACGUCCGUAUCCAGGCUCCAUCAGAAGAUGAAUCAUCAUUUGUUAAAAGGAAAGGGGUACACUCUGUCAAUGUGCAGGCUGUUUGUGAUGCCAAAGGUAAAUUCACAAACAUAAAUGCAAACUGGCCAGGUAGCAGUCAUGACUCCAACAUAUUCAGGACUUCACAGGUGUGUACCUACAUGGAACAGAAUGGUGGAUGGGCAAAUGGUGUACUGCUGGGGGAUAGUGGUUAUCCAUGUCGACCAUUUCUGAUGACCCCAUACCAGAAUCGUGUACUUGAUCAUCAAAAGAAGUUCAACAGAUGCCACUGUUCAACCAGAAGUGUGAUAGAGAGAACAUUUGGAAGGCUGAAGAGAAGGUUCCACAUAUUACACUCAGAGAUCAGAAUGAAACCGGGCAAGGCAUGCAAAAUAAUAAUUGCUUGUGCUAUACUCCACAAUAUAUGCAUUUUGUUGAAUGAACCAGACAUUGAAGAUGAUGGAGUAAUUGUUGGCAAUGAUGGUGAUCUUGGGGAACAUUUUAAUGUUCAUCAAGAUGGAAGAGCUGUUAGAGAUCAUAUUUCCACAACAUUCUUUAAUCAUUGAAAAUCAGAAAUAAAUCAUGACAACAUCUUUUAAUACUUUUUUAUCA